GUGCAAACUCCCAUGUUCCGCUUGUUUUGCCAACACGUCCGCUUCAGACCAUCAUCUUUCGCGUCGAAUUCUCAAGCACGAUGGCUGUUUUCUGGAUUAUUUUCACGCAAGACAGCAUCAGUCCCUGUUCCAUAUAAACCGCGAAAGGAACGGUGGAUCACACCCACGGUUGUCGUCGUCGGGUUUAUUCCAGUGUUUUGUUUUGGUCUGGGGACAUGGCAGAUGCAGCGGCUGCAGUGGAAAAUAAAUCUCAUAGAUGAACUACAAGAGAAACUACAGCUGCAGCCGUUGUAUUUACCGAAGAAAAUCAAUUUGUCAGUCAUUCCCGAGUUCAUCUGGCGCAGGGUGGUGGUUAGAGGCAAAUGGGACCACGCGCACACUAUGCUGUUCCCUCUUCGCGUCCGUGAGGGCGUCGUUGGUGUACAUCUCGUCACUCCCUUGAUUCGUGAAGAUGGGUCGACCAUCUUAGUAAAUCGCGGCUUCUUAUCUCAGGAGCAUGCCGAAGAUCAUUCAUGGGACCGUCCAGAGGGAGAGGUAGAAGUUUUUGGAAUGCUUCGCACUUCCCAACCUCGCAAUGCGUUUACUCCUGAUAAUCAUCCUGAGGAAGGAAUAUGGUACUGGUAUGAUGUGGAUGCAAUGACCGAAUAUGCAGGCGGCGAGAAGGCAAAUGUGCAACCUGUCUAUUUGGAACAAAUAUUCGAGGGACAUGCUGGUCAGGCUUCAUACUGCGUUGACCAUGGCAUACCUGUUGGGCGACCUCCGACAGUCGAUCUCAGAAACUCUCAUCUGUCUUAUGUGAUAACUUGGUAUUCGUUAUCAGCGCUGACUGCGUUCAUGUUCGUGCGUCUUCUUGCAAACAGGAAGAAGUCCAACGUUCGCAGGCUUCCUCGUUACGUCGAAUUGCUCUUUGGUCUCACACACCAGAAUAUAGGGAGUACAGAAACAUCAUUUUAUAAAGUUUGUUCGAAUACGGAAAUUCGCCUUUCGCAAGCUCGAAAGAUGUCUGCUCACUCAUCUUCCUUCACGCUCCCGCAUACUCGCUCCGAGGACCAGAUACACAACAAUUACUCCCUUCACAAUAGAACACAGCGCUCUGGCUACAAUACUCCUACUUCGGCGGCUCAGUCCACCCAUACCAACUCUUUACUGUUCAGUAUUAGCCCCCGACAAAUUUAUUCCUCUCGUGACGGACGUUCGAGCAUGAACCAAGCAUUGUACGAUCACAGUCGCAAUAGCGCAAGAGGCGAUAUCUCCAUGUACUCCUCAAGUGUGGCGGCAAAUCUUGCUAGCGCCUACGCCAUCACUAGAGGGUCCUCUGAUAGUUCCAGUUCAGUUUCCUUUGCUGAAACACUUGAUACCUCCCCAAGAUCUCGAAUGACAGAUUUUCGAUUCCCUCUUACCAAUGUUGAAUGCCAGCUUCAGCGCAAGUACCGUCCUGACCCUCUUAACUCGGAGUUAACCCGGCAUAGCUCGACGCCUGCACUAUGUAAUUCCGGCGGAAGAAGCCCACUUCCUGGUCCGAAUAUAUACAUAGGCGCUCCUGCUGCCCAGCAAACCGAGUUAUCAAGGAUGUCGCACUGGCCAGCCUGUGCAGCCCAGACGUAUAUCUUAAUGGAUGACACCCCUGAAACACCUCGCACCCGCGUGAAUAUCAUGCGUAAUGUUACGCCCUUAUUUGCCAUGAUUAAUAGUCGCGCAGCAGCCAUAGGUGUUACAACAACGCUGGACGGAGACUUGAUCUUUCAACACAAGUGAAUCGUAUACGCCUCUUUUCAACCUGCACAUUUUAUGUAGUACCAAUAAUGAACAAAGUGUCGAGACCUGCUUAUAGUACUUGUAGUUGAUGUUCUCAG